UCACGCGCGAGUUAGAUGCUGAUCACCAGCGAUAUUUUCGCACGGUUAAUGUUUAUAAAACGUGAAGGCUCCAAAAGCAAGAUGGCUGCCUCCAUGCUCGUGUCAAGGAACGUGGUCGCAGUAUGUAGACGGCCGUAUAUGUCAAGAUACGUAUGCAGGCACAUGAGCAGGCUACAACCAACCGAUGAUGAGUUGUAUGUCCGUACCACAGUAUCCCUGCUUUCUAAGGAGUCAGAAGGUCUUCCGUUCAUCUCCAGCUAUAGCCACCACGGCUUUACAGUCAGCGGCGAUCGAGUGAUUGGACCGCUUGCUGUACUGCCAAGAAGUCUUGUCCACUGGAAUGUUAGUAGUGUGAAGGACAUCAACGAGGAAAGUCUGUCACUGUUUCAUCUUUUAGAACCAAAAAUAGAAAUUCUGGUACUAGGGGUUGGUGCAAUCAAUCACAAAUUAGACCCUGGACUGCACAAGUUCCUAAGACAGAAAGGCAUCGCUCUCGAAGUGCAAGACACUCCCCAUGCCUGCUCCACGUUUAACUACCUAGUGAGCGAGAAUCGUGUGGUGGCGGCAGGCCUCAUUCCACCCGAGAAGAGGUGAUAAAGGGGAUGGUGGCCCAGGGUACCAUACCGGACUCAACAGUGUUGGUGUAGUGUAUGUACAUGUAUUAGUGCUUAGGCCGAGAAAAUGGUUCUCCAGUAGGUUUGACACUGGUAGAACGGUCAUGAUUCAGAACUGAACAGUGAAUUUGUUAGCAGAGAGUUGGGGGAGAUGACCUGUUCUUAAUCUAAGUAUUUUCCAUCUUGUUAAGAGAGAACUGGGCAUAAUGAUUAUUUGCCAUUUAUUGAAAUCAGCUGACUGUUUUCAUGUGUCAGCCAUCUUGAAAGUGAGGUAACUAUCUUUUCAUGUUGGGAACUGGAGAGAAAAUGUAAUGGCAACGGAAUAAAAGUUCAUAACGUUUAGAAUGAUGUGAAAUUUGUGACAACAUAUCGUAAUUUUUAAGCCAUAUUUUAAAAAAAAAUUAAAAGUGAUUCAUGGAUCCCAACAUAAUCCCCCAAGUGUGCAUUUCCAGUUAAAACCUACAUUUUUAAAAAGAAAUAAAUUAUGUAAAAUUAUUAAAUCUCCCUGGUUCACAAUUCCAAGGUUUUGCAGGACUGACAAAGGGAGAACCAGACAGUAAUUUCUGUAAAUAGGGCUUCAAUGUUCCCCCCAAGACUGAAGUGCAAAGAGUGCUGUGUGUUGGGUUUCUACAUGGUCUGAGAUUUGAGAGGAUUCAAGACUCUUUGCAAAUGGCUUUGGGGAAUUAAAGAGUUGGUUCCUAUCCAGACUGAUUAUUGGGUUUUGUGGUUUGAAGUGGUUCACAAGAAAGGACGAUCUGUUUCAUUGUUUUAGGGUUAUUAUUAAA